AUGCGUUCAAGGACGAACAUCGCUCUCGGCCUAGCUGCCACUGGUUCGUUGGUCGCCGCCGCUCCCUGCGAUAUCUAUAAGAAUGGAGGUACCCCUUGCGUAGCUGCUCACGGUACUACUCGCGCAUUGUACGAUGCCUACACUGGUCCUCUCUACCAACUGAAGAGAGGCUCCGAUGGGUCUACGACCGAUAUUUCUCCUUUGUCUGCUGGUGGUGUUGCCAACGCUGCUGCGCAGGAUUCUUUCUGCAAGGGCACUACCUGCCUCAUUAGCAUCAUCUACGACCAGUCUGGCCGUGCCAACCAUCUUUACCAGGCUCCAAAGGGUGCCUUCAGCGGACCAGAUGUUAACGGAAACGACAACUUGGCAGGCGCGAUCGGAGCUCCGGUAACGCUGAAUGGCAAGAAGGCGUAUGGUGUAUUCAUCUCGCCUGGUACUGGUUACAGAAACGACGAAGUCAGCGGCACAGCCACUGGAAAUGAGCCCGAGGGCAUGUACGCCGUCCUCGAUGGUACGCAUUACAACGAUGCUUGCUGCUUUGACUACGGAAAUGCCGAGACGAGCAAUACAGACACUGGUAACGGUCACAUGGAAGCCGUCUACUUCGGCAACAACACAGUUUGGGGCAGUGGCUCUGGCAGCGGUCCUUGGCUCAUGGCCGAUCUUGAGAAUGGUCUGUUCUCUGGCCAGGGCACGAAGUUGAACUCUGCAGAUCCUUCGAUCUACAACAGAUUCUUCACCGGAAUGGUCAAGGGAGAGCCUAACCAGUGGGCACUUCGCGGUGGCAACGCCGCAUCUGGUUCUCUGUCGACAUACUACAGUGGCGCUCGUCCCACUGUUGGCGGCUACAACCCCAUGAGCCUCGAGGGCGCCAUUAUUCUUGGUAUUGGAGGUGACAACAGCAACGGUGCUCAGGGUACUUUCUACGAGGGAGUCAUGACCUCGGGAUACCCAUCUGAUGCCACUGAAGCCUCGGUGCAGGCCAACAUCGUGGCUGCGAAGUAUGCUACUACGUCCUUGAACACGAAGCCACUCACCGUGGGCAACAAGAUUACGAUCAAGGUGACCACUCCUGGCUAUAACACUCGCUACCUUGCCCACACCGGAGCCACAGUCAACACACAGGUUGUCUCGUCAUCUAGUGCCACUAGCCUCCAGCAACAAGCCAGCUGGACUGUCCGUACCGGCCUCGGCAACAGCGAUUGCUACUCGUUUGAGUCGGUUGACACACCUGGAAGCUUCAUCAGACACUACAACUUCCAACUCCAGCUCAACUCGAAUGACAACACCAAGGCUUUCAAGGAGGAUGCGACUUUCUGCUCGCAGACCGGACUCGUGACUGGUAACACUUUCAACUCGUGGAGCUAUCCUGCCAAGUUUAUUCGUCACUACAACAACGUUGGAUACAUUGCCAGCAAUGGAGGUGUUCACGACUUUGACUCUGCUACGGGCUUCAACAACGAUGUUAGCUUUGUGGUUGGAAGCAGCUUUGCUUAG